AUGUCUUUAAUCAAUUAUGAAAAUACUUUAAAAUCUUAUAUCCAAGAUGAUAAUAAAUUGGUAACUUAUAAAUGGUUAAGUAAAGAAUUAAAAAUACAUGUUAAUAUAGCAAAAAAUAUCUUAAAACAAUACUGGGAAAAAUAUAGAAAUGAUAAAAAUAUUAUUGCUACUUUUUUAUUAGUAGGGCCAUUGCAUGAUAGGUCAAUUCAUGUAGCAAUAGUUAAGGAUUCAAAUUUAAAUAAUACAAAACAAAAAUUUAUAUAUGUUGACUGUGAACAUUUAUAUAGCUUACAAAAGUCUUUGAAUGAUAUAGAAUUAUUAACUUUAACAGAUGAAGGCGAUUUUCAUUACAGUGCCAUUAAAUAUAAUUCUAACAUUUUAAAAAAUAAUGAAAUUCAUAGUUUCUAUCAUACUGGAAUUAGUAGAAACAAAAAACAUGUGUCAAAUGAAUUUAACUCAUCGUAUUCUUCAUUUAAAAAUGUAAUAAAAAAUGAAACUAUCAAAAAAGAAAUAUUUGAAGAAAUGAAUGGUGAUUUAAUUAAUAAUUUAACGUCAUUGGAAUAUUAUAAAAAGACGAAAAUACCAAUUCAGUUGAGCAAACCGGGAUCCAAUGCUUUUUCAGAAAAUAAAUCACAAAUAUCAAAUAUAGUACAAGAUUCUAGCAAUAAUGAAUGGAAAAAUUCUGAACACGCCUUUAGUAUGGAAUUACAUGUAUCUAAAAAAGCGGAUUUAAAAUUAUAUGUAAAAAAUGACAAUGUAAUUCAAAAAGAAAAAGACAAUAUAAAUCUACAGUUUGAAAAGAAUAUAAGCAAUACUUCAAAAAAUAAAUUUGUAAAUGAUCAGUUUAAUUCUAAAAAUUGUAUUAAAAAAAAUGAACCACCAAAACGAAAGAGAAUUAUUAUAGAUUCUAGCGAAGAUGAAUUUAGUAACAAUGAUGAUAAAGAAGAAAAUGAACAAGUAGAACAAGUACUUAAAGUUAGAAAUAAAUCUCCAAUAAUUCAAUCCAAAAUACUACAAGAUAACAAACAUAUAACAAAAAAGAUAAUUGAUAAAACUUUUAAAGAUGAAGAUGGUUAUCUUAUUACAAAAAGAGUCCAUAUUUAUGAAGAUUCAAAUGAUAAUGAUAAAUAUAUUAAAAAUAAAAAAGAAGAAUUUCAUAAGUCAAAAUCUGUAGAAGUAAAAGCAAAAAAACAAACAACCCUAAAGUAUUUCUUUAAAAAGUCUUGA